GUCAGCGCUGCAGACGCAGAUACCGGCUGCUCUCUCGCAGAGUGCACACUUUCUCCACUCUCGAAAUUACCCCGCGUUAUCCGUGACAAUGAAAAAGAUGACGUCGCGUUUAAAAGCUUGACUUAUCUCAUGACACCUCUCUGGAUACAUUUGUUUUAUUCUGGAGCCACGAGCAGGCUAUGCAACUUUCUUGGCAGCUACUUUAUUUAGUGACGGGCUGUGCCUGCUAAAGUACUUGCAGAUUAUUUCUAUAUUCGCUGCUCUUCUAGCCUCAUCAUGGGUAAGUUAUGCAUUGUCGUCGUGGUGUGCUGUGCGCUUUUUCCACGGGGCUCUGCGGCGCCAGUGGCCGGGGGUGAAGAUCCCGGGUCACAGUAUGAGAUCAGCGCAGAGCAGGGGGAGCGGCUGCAGGAGGAAACAGAUGAUCAUGAGAGCAUCCUCUCUAAGCUGCUGGGUGAUUAUGACAAAGUGAAAGCCCUAUCGGAAGGCUCUGACUGUCGCUGUAAAUGUGUUGUCAGACCCCUGAGCAGGAGCGCCUGCAGGCGGAUAGAAGAAGGGAGCGCCUCUGUGCAGGACUUCUACACCGUGGAGACGAUCUCAUCCGGACCAGAGUGCAAGUGCGCCUGCAUUGCUCCUCCGUCAGCAGUCAACCCGUGCGAGGGGGAGUUCAGGCUGAAAAAACUUAGGGAAGCUGGGAAAGGGAAUAUCAAGCUGACCAGCAUCCUGGAGCUGCUGGAGGGCUCCUUCUAUGGCAUGGAUCUACUCAAGCUGCACUCCAUUACCACCAAGCUCAUGGGUCGCGUGGAACACAUUGAAAAGCUGGUAUCUUUGAACAACACCAUGGAUGAGGUGAUGCCCCAGGAGAGCCCUCGGAUCCAGGUAGAUGUGACUGAACGCCCACCCACCCCUUCAUCCAACCAGCAACAGGACAAAAAGGGAGUCAGUGGGGUCAGCGGGGCAGCAGUGUAUCAAAACCCAGAGGGAAAGUAUGAAGAGAAGUUUAUUGAGGGAAAUCCAUCUUUCCUAAAGACAGAUGGUUCUGCUCAGAUCAUUGAGGUCAGACCUCGGGUGACUAUGAAGAACGUGGCUAACAAGGAGACUUCUCAGGUGUCGAAGACUGGCCCCAAUGGAAUGAUCAUCAGAGGGAUGACUUUUUAUAAAUCUGAGCCAGAUCCGAUGGUGGCGGAUGACGGGGAACCUGGAGAGAACUUUUUUGAGUAUCAUGGAUUCAGUGGAGAUGGCCCAAUUAACCUCUUCGAGGAAAGUCUUCUUCAGCACAGAGCCGCUCUCCCCAGGCAGGGGGCUGGACCAAGAUCCCCUCGACCAAAGAAAACAGGUCCAUCCACCAGUUCCAUGAAGACCAGCAGCAAAUCAACAGAACAGAAAAUAAAUGAGCCCACCUCGAACAAUGACUUCAUCAGUGCCAUAGAAAUCCAAUCAGCUGAUUUGUCUGAAGAUGUUCAGAGUGACACAUCAGUCAUGUUUGGCCUUACCACCACAGAAACUUCACCUGUGACUACUCUAAGAGUCUCUACUGGAACCUCUAAGUUUCCAAUUCCUUUAAUGGCUGAAUCAACCGGUACACCUCUAAGUGUCACUGCCAAGGACACAACUAAAACUACAAUUAACACAACCGAGCCCUCUGUAAAUAUAACAGCAGAGAACAUACUACAACAUUUGACAUCAACAAAUACACCAACCACUGGCAUGGCAACCUCCACUGUAGAGAUAAAAGCCAUAAUGCAAACUAAUCCAAGCACAACUGCAGCUCAUUCAAGCACAUUUGCACCCAAACCAGCCACAGAAGCUUCAACUACAAGCCCGACUUCCACUAUGAGAAUCACAACACAAGCUGCCCUGACCACAACAGCUUCCAGCACAGCUGCCUCCACCCAAGCUGCUGCCACAACACCAGACUUAGGAAUUAAAUCUACCCUCUCUCCUCGCUGGACUCUGCCUCCAACUACCCAGAGACUGAUCACUACUUUGCCACACACUUCUCUGCCUGUCACCACACCUGAGACUACCUCGUCUUUAGCUACAACUACCACCACAACAACCACCACUACCACCACAACUACUACUACAAGGCCGGGCAAAAGGAAAUACAAAAUAAGCUGGGAUGAGGAAGAAAGCGUUGAAGGACACCCAGAAUUAGGCGAAGCAAUGCAAAGGCAGGAGGAAUCUACUUCAAGAAAACCUGGGGAGUGUAAGGACACUUUGGCAACGAUCUCACAGCCAGUGACUCACAAUACCUAUGGCAGGGACGAAGGAGCAUGGAUGAAGGAUCCAAAGUCUGACGAUAACAAAAUCUAUGUUACAAACUUCUAUUAUGGGAAUAACCUUCUGGAGUUCAAAGACCUGGAGGUUUUCAAAGGAGGCAGAUUUACAAACUCAUACAAGCUUCCUUACAACUGGAUCGGCACAGGCCAUGUGGUCUACAAUGGAGCUUUUUACUAUAACCGUGCCUUCUCAAGAGAUAUCAUCAAGUUUGACCUGCGCCUACGCUAUGUCGCCGCCUGGACCAUGCUGCAUGAUGCUCUAAUUGAGGAGUCGUCGGUGCCAUGGGAAUGGCGCAGCCACUCAGACGUUGACUUCGCUGUGGAUGAGAGUGGGCUGUGGAUCAUCUACCCGGCGCUCGAUGACGAGGGCUUCUUACAGGAAGUGGUUGUUCUGAGUCAACUGAACCCUUCUGACCUCAGCAUGCAGAGGGAGACCACCUGGAGAACUGGGCUUAGGAGAAACCACUAUGGAAACUGUUUCAUUGUGUGCGGAGUCCUGUACGCUGUCGAUAGCCACAACAAGAAGGAGGCCAACCUGGAAUACGCCUUCGACACGCACACAAACACUCAGAUGAUUCCCAGAAUGCCUUUCACCAACAACUACACCCACACCACACAGAUAGACUACAAUCCCAAAGAGGGGGUUUUAUAUGCAUGGGACAAUGGACACCAAGUCACAUAUGACAUUAAGUUUGCCUUCGUGGACCCUUAGUGAGGGUUUAAAGUAGUUAUUUUAAAAACUAAAGACUAUGGUUUGGAUGGAUUGUAGAUCAGUCCACAUGGCCAUCAGUAUGGGGACAAAGGAGGGCCAAAUGUAUGAAUAUAUUUCGGUAUGACUAAAAUGUUUUGUUUUUUUAAGAAAAUUUUAAAAUAAAUUAGCGAUGAGCCUGAUUCCUCUGUUAACACAUCAUGAUGUACUGUAUAUAUUGUUAUACUGUAAAAACAAAAACGCCUUACUGGUUAAAUGAAUGUAGAAAAAAAUAAGCUUCCAUCAGAUUCACAAUUUAUAACAGAACCAAGUUCUUGAAACGUAGUCUUUAAAGAUGUCGCCAAAUGAUUUUUGUGAGAGUACAAUCUCUUUUUUUAUACACAUUAUUUUGUAUCAGUUUUUUCUCUGCAUCAUAUACCACAGGUUUUCUAAGAGGUGAUAUCAAAGAAAUUGCUUUUGACUUUUGUCUUGUGAAAGCACUUAAUCCCUCCACAUCAGACUGUUCUGAUGAAGCUACAAUAAAGUCGGAAAUGCUUACAGAA